UGCUCCUCCUGCGGCGGCGGCGGCGCCUCCGCUCGCCCCCCGCCCGCCGAUGAGCUCCUACUUCGUCAACUCGCUCUACUCCAAGUACAAGGCGGGCGGCGGCGGCGAGCCCUACUACGACUGUCACUUUGCGCCCGCCGCAGCCGCCGCCGCCGCCCUGCUCUACGGGAACAGCGCUGCGGCCGCCGCGGCCGCCGCCGCCGCCGGCUUCCCCCUGCCGCAGCCCCCGCCCGGGCCGGCCUCCGCAGGAGGAGGAGGAGGCGGCGCAGGAGCAGGCCCGGAAUACUACCAGCUCCACCACCAGCCGCAGCACCACCAGCAGCCGCAGCACCUGGCCGGGGGGAACCCCGCAGCCUACCCGCCGCCUCCUCCUCCGUUGGCCCAGCCGCAGCCCCCCUGCGCCGGCCCGCCUUGUCCCGGGGAGCCGGCCAAGUUUUACGGAUACGAUCACUUACAGCGACAAGCGCUUUUUACGACACACCAAGAGGCCGCCGAGCUGGUCCACUACGCCGACUGUAAAUCGUCCGGCGCGAACCUUGGCGAAGACCCAGAGCGCUUAAAUCAGGGCGCGUCGCCGGCUCCCCUCUUCCCUUGGAUGAGACCGCAAGCAGCUCCUGGUAGGCGGAGAGGAAGACAAACCUACAGUCGUUUCCAGACUCUGGAGUUGGAGAAAGAGUUCCUUUUUAACCCUUAUCUGACCAGGAAGAGAAGGAUCGAGGUCUCUCACGCUCUGGGACUCACCGAGAGACAGGUCAAAAUCUGGUUUCAGAACAGGAGGAUGAAGUGGAAAAAGGAGAACAACAAGGACAAAUUCCCAGCGGCCAGGCAAGAGGGGAAGGAAGGCGGGGAAGUCGAGAAGGAAAUUCGGGAGGAUAUCGAAGGCCGAGAGGAUGGCCCGACGGAGUAAAGCUCUCCUCCGCUCAACCUUAGCUAAGGACAAUGGCACACGGGGGGGGGGGCAUUUCCUGGCCACCCCUCCAGCUUCUCAGGCACCUUUGACGCAAGGGUCCGACCUUGUCUUUCAAGCUACCUUAUGACAUUUCUGUGCUAGGUGAGAGUUGGUUUGAUUUGUCCCUCUCUAGAGUCCCAGCUGAUAGUUGCACUUGUUCUUCACCUGGAAUUUGUUACUUUUUAUAAAGAACCUAGCCAUUUUGUACGUGGUUUUCUUACGGGGCUUUUUUCCCUUUUCUGUUCUAAGGACGAAUUGUCAGGUCUAUUUUAGGAAUCCAAUCAGCCGAGUUUUGCACCUGUAUUUAUCUGGAAGGGGGUGGGAGAAUCCACUUCCUACUUAUUAUUUCUUUGUAAAGUAAAUUAAUGAAGAGAUUUAAAUGAUUUUUGGAGGGGGGAGAAGGAACUACCUUAUAAUGAGACCUUUUGAUUAUCAGUUGCUGAUCGAAAUAAAAACGAAAUUUUAUUCCUGUGCA